AUGGCCAUUGGAGAAAAGGUUGAUAUGUACUGGGCUUUCAACUCAUACGUCGAGUGGCCAGAAGCGAUUGAUGACCUUCUAGAUGCGGGAUUUGAACCAAAUGAGUACUCGUUCAGGCAGGCAAUCGUGCAGGGCCAGAUACAGACUCUGAAGCGCAUACUUGCUAAAAGGAAGAAUUACCGCAUCUGUCAUUGCUUCUUGGAGGCUGCUUCUGCAAAGGAUCCCGCAUGCUCUUUUGAGAAUUUGGAAGUUUUCGAGUUCUUAGCCGAUCUGGUGUCGAAGCGACGGAAGGAACUACAGAACAUCGCAGAGGCUACCUUGCCGAAAGAAAUGCUGUCACACCUUCUUAUUCGGGCCGAUACACUUAUCGGCUAUAGGGCCGGCGAGACAGUGCAACUCCUAAGCUCUCACGGCGUCGAUGUGGAGUUCGAAGAUGAGUAUGGAUACUUGAUUUAUAAUCAGGUGCAUGGAAGAACGGCGUUUGCAGAGGUUCUGUGGAGCUUUGGCUUUAAAGAUGUUGAUGAAACGGAUAGUGAAGGAUAUACCUGCCUCAUGCUGACCCCAGCAGUCUCUACAGCCACCCGUCUUGAGUUUGCGCACUGGCUGAAGGGAAAAGGUGCUGAUCUCGAUCGCAAGAGAAUAGAUCAACCAGCCAUGUUCUAUGUUGCUUAUGGUGUAGGACAACUCAUCAUGCACGAUGCGGUGUGUUACCAUCGAGCUCAUAGCCCAUCACAUGUGGCUUUCCCAGAUAGUAACUUCGGUGACUCGGAGUCAUGGGGCAUGGUCAACGAUAUCCUUCACAGGUCUUACAGAGAUUCAUGUGCUUGUAAGUGUUCUGACGCAGGCUGCUGCUCGACCACUAGAUUCGUGCAUGGUCUUGCAUUGAACAAACUACCACCCAAACGCAGAAUGGAGGUUAUUUCCAAGCUUGGUGACAUUAGCACUCAGCGCUCCGUCACCGCAAAUCCUUCUGCUCUAAUUCGCGCUCUUACAUUUGACACGCUGAGUCUUCCACAUACUUGCAAUCAUUCCACUGAUAUCGACGACGAAAUCUUGGCUCGUGAAACUCAGAAUGAAACAAAGGGCUCUGUUCAGUUGCUGGAUGAUCUACUAGAUGAAUUCCACCAGAUGUAUGAGAGGUCAGACUCUACGCUAUUUGAGUUCCUUCAAGGGCAUUGGGCGACGCGGAUGUGUGAGGUUUGCGGCGAGGAGGUAGUAAUUGACGAGGACAAUGAAGAAGAAUUUGUUGACGCACUGGAAGAGGUGACACCUUGA